CCGAGAUCGUCAUUGGUGUACUCGGUUAGACUUAUCUCAGACAACUGAAUCAAUUCAAAAUCUGACCAGUCAGCGUUUACUGAUUGACAUGAUUGGUGUAAAAAAACUCAUCUGAAUCAAUCAGUAGUAUAUAGUUUAAAAGGAAUAGUCUCCACUUGUUUUACAUUAUGAUGCUGUUGUUUAAAUAUAGCAUUUCAUAAGGUUCACAAACUAAUGUUGCAUCUCAAACUCCCUACAUAACAUUAAGAAGUGCGUAUAAUUAGAGAAGACAUUUAGUGAUUUAUGUUUAAAGAUAAAACAGAUAUUACUUUUUUCCCUUCUAACAUUAUCGUUUCUGAAAAUAAAUGCGAAUUUAUACAUGACGCUGAGAUACCAAAAGGUAUUGUAAGCAAGGCUCAUUUUAGAUGUUGCAUAUUUUUAACGAGAUUGGCAAUCCUCAAUCUAUCUUGAGUUGAAUGGAAGUGUUUUCUCUGCUUUCAUCUUCACAUUGGCAUCUACAUUUACCGUUCAAUUAGAGUGAAUUUUCGACCAGACAAGAUACGAUUUAACAUAUCACUUUCAGAUUGGAAGAUUUUCAACUAUGUUUCACAGCGAUCAACAUGACUUUUUGUGGAAGUGAUGCAAAAAUAUGCUUAUCUCACUUUGUUUUGUGUAUAUUGUGAUGUAAUUCCUAUAGCUUUAUUCUCGUAUGCCUAAAGUAGAAGGAGGCGAUAUGGACGGUGCUGCACGUCAUGCUCAAAGAUUAGCUGGUAAUUUUCUUGAUGAUAUGGAAGCAAUACAAAAAGCUUCACGAGCAAGAGAUAGACGAGCUAUGAGUCAUUUCGAAACUAAUUCUCUUAGUCCAAGCACCAUCUAUCCACCACCUAUGGAUUGGAUACGAAGAAGACGAAGUUUAAGCGGAACACCAUUUAGAACUACAUGUUAUCCAAUGGUAUACUAUUCGUCUACACCACUACCCAGAAGAUCUUUGUGCAUUCCACACCGUCGUUAUUCAGUAUCAUCGCAACGAAAUACUUAUAUUGAACCAAACAAAGUUACACUGAUUGGUAAAUCUAUGUACAACAAUUCACGUCCAUAUUCUGUGUAUAACAGCACGGCAAGUAGUGCAUAUCAAACUCCAGAAACAGUCAAUUACUAUCAACCACAUUAUAGUUCUCUAUACCCUCAUCUGAAACCAAUAGUCUGGUAUAAUUAUGAUUACAAUGGGUCAAUAAAUGAUGAAAUUCUGCCAACAUCACAUUUACAUGCUAGUGCACCUCCAAAACAGCAUAUUCUAACUCCGAAAGCUGAAGCUUUUCUGAGGUCUCGUUCACUUUACAAUCUAAGUGAUCUAAGUGAUUAUGAAGAUAGUAUACCUCGUGUUAUUCAUACAUCGUACAGUCGUAAUUUUCCAAUGCAUACAAGUCGUUUGGGUUCAGUGCCACCAUCAACAGUUGGCACUUAUCGUUCAACAAUUACGUCGUCAGAUUAUGGCCUACCACCGAUUGUUCAUAGAAGUUAUAAUCGAACAAGUCGUUAUGUUUAUGAAACACCAUAUUAUACAACAACAUAUAGCAAUCGCAUUUCUGAGCCUAAGAUAUACAACUAUUAUCCACCAAUAGUGACCAGUAGACCCUUGUCAAGUUCUGGUUCUUAUAGUAAUUUAUCUACUGAAAUCCAAAGUGAACGUAGACGAAUUGAGAAUAUCAGGAUUAAACAGUUAUCGAUCACACGGGCCAAGCAUAAAUACAUCAGAGCUUGAAACACAUUUGUACUACACCAGUCCACAAACUACGUCGGGCUAUGGGACGGGAUUAGUCUAUCCUGAGGGUAGUCAAACUUCUGAACUAAGAGGAAGAAUCAAGCGCCUUUUGUGUCGAUCCCGACGUGAUCCUCAUUACUAUCGUUACUUACCAACUGGUGUCGUCUAAAUUUGAUGAUGACUAAAUUCCAUGUUCGACCAUGGUGUUCUUGCUGUUACUGUUAUUAUUUCUUAAUACUACACCGCAUGCUUCUUCACUUAAUGUCCCUUCAAUAUAAACAAGUUAUCUACUUAGUUAUACCCUUUAUCUUACAAUUACAACUUUUGUUUUAAUCUAACUUUCUUUGGCGACAAUUCAAAAUAAACUAGCAAUUUUAAUUUUGAGAUAAAAAAAAUUAUUCACCCUGACCUAUUUAUAUACAUAUAUUUAUACAAACAAAUGAAAAGAUAGUUUUUCGAGUUUUUCUUCUUACUUAACAACUUUAAUUACCCACAGAAGUAUCUAUCAUCUUUUGUUGCAAACUGAAAUUAACAAUAAAGUAAAACAAUUUCGUUUGAAAAAGAAAAGCAAGAAGAACCAAUGACAAAUUCAAAACAGAUUAGACUUGUUUUAAUUUCGUUCUGUUAUUAAUUAAUACUAUUAAAGUUGUUACAAUUAUCAGAACAUUUGUUUGUUCUUCUUUUGUUAUCAGUAUAAAGUUUGUUCUGUCAAAAUUUACUUCGAUUUAAUUUGUUCCGUCAAUCACUGAAAGAAUUACAGAUGAAUAUUUAAAAUGCUUUUGAAGGAGCUUUUGUUCUGAUUCUGUUUUUCCUCAUCUUUUCAUUUGCUUGUUUUUUCCCUUGACCUUCUGUCUUCUUGGUUUCACUUAAUAUGAAGUGGAUCAGAUUGAGCUUAGGUAUUAAAAAUGCUAUAUACAGUUUAUUUUGAUUGUUUUCUCAUAAAAUUCUUAUCACAAUGCAGUUAAACAGAUAUUGGUUGUUAGGAUGUAAGGAAAUGUCAGUUUAACAGAAAAUUAUGCUUUAAAUUUAGGCUUGUUUAAUGUAAUAAGAUGGGUUUCGCAUGAGAAACGUUGUGUACUUGAACGAACUGAUAACGCAUUUAUUUUUCAAGACAUUUUACAUAACUACUGAAAACAAAAGGUGCUGAAGAAUUAAAAAUUAGGCACCAGGAGUUACAAAAAUAAAAGAAUAACAAUAUUAAUAAUUAUUAAAACAGAGGAAAAGCCUAUGACGCAAAUAGACUGUGAGGAGAAAACUACUUGUAAGAGGUAUAUUAAUUAAAUAUUCCUCAUAUUAAAUUGCUUCUUAAUCCUGGUGUAUAUUAAAAGAGAAAGGUAACUACUGAUUGGAUGUAAAUAAUGCAAAUCGCGACCUCAAAAACCGUCGGCAUGAGCAGACUAUGGUAUAACAUAACUUUUUUUUAACAAGAAACUUAUUGAAGUAUUCUAAACUGAACCAUCAGGUAGUAGAAGUGCAACAAAAACCGAAUAAGACAGCGAAAUGAUCCUUACAUCAAUAUUUAAACAUCACGAUGUCAGAGUGAAACAAUCUCAGAAAGUCAAUGUUUAGAGAUUUCUAAACUGCAAGCUCGCAAUUAUUGUCGAAAUCUUUAACCUUUGUUUCUAUAAAUAACUGGACCAUUACAUUUUUUCUAAAUAUGAAACUAAUACAAGUAAUGUUCAGCAAAACUAAGUCUACUGAUUCAUAGACUGUAUUAACCACAAAUAGAUUUCCCCAGGCAUAAGUCAUAUCAUAAAAAAUCAGCAUAUGGAAAUUUCUCUUGUGAGUAUUAAAUGUUGUCAUUGUAAGCAUCAGCUUAUUGAUUUUAUCCCUGAAUUUUCGUUAAAUAUAGUGUAUCUAAUGUCUUUUUCUUCUGUCAUACUAAUAAAAG